CGCACAUGAGAAGCCAUCGACUUUGGAACACGAUAAAGCAGGAUGACGACCAUUGUUCUCAAGUAUAUAAAGAAAACUGAACCAUUUACCACAUCCGCUACAGCACAGUCUCAUUUUACAGCGCGGGUAUUAACUUUACUGAUGUCCUUAUUACGCGCAAAUGGAGGCUCUUUACUUUCCCUCUUGCAUCUCGACCUAAUUUUCGUGUCAGAGCCAGGAUCGAGGGACACUGUUCUGUUCAUUUAUUGUGUGGAUGUAAUCUGAGAUAAAGAUGCCUCACUAAAUCUGUCAUAGGUAAAACCAAACCACUCCGUGAUGGCAAAUGUAAACAAGUCCUACUUUUUUGGACCGGAUCAGGAACAUGGAUGGGGAAACACUUCUUAUUUCACGUAUUUCUCCGAGUUCAACAGAUCUUGGCUCGGUUUACCUUACAUUGAGGCAGUCGUGUUAAUCAUUCUUUUCAUUUUUGCACUAAUUGGAAACUUUGUCGUAUUUUUCCAAAUAUUGAAAGUUAGAAGCACACGCACAGUCACCAACUACUUGAUUUGUAAUCUUGCCGUUGCAGACAUUCUUUUUGUCUCCGGAAGUCCCUUGAUUGCGGCUGCACGGUUGACCGGAACUUGGGUUUUGGGGACUUUCGUCUGCAAAAUGUUGGUGUAUGUUAUGUUUGUUUGUGCAUCUGUGAUGAUCUGGACAAUGACAAUUAUAAGCAUUGACAGAUAUAUCUGCAUUUUUAAAACAUCUGCCAAGAAAAUUACACCUAAAGUGGCAAUAUGUAGCAUUCUACUUUUAUGGAUCCUGGAUUUCCUUGCUUUUAUUCCGCUCUCAAUGUAUUUCAAUGUGAAACAGUUUCCGUUUGGUAAUGAAGAAAUCGAAAUUUGUACACUUAUGUGGCCAAAUAAUUCCAAUAUCCGCAUAUCCAUGAUUUUCACUGUCAGUGUCUGUUUAGUAGGAUUUGUGAUCCCUCUCGCCAUUUUGGUGCUAAAUUAUUGCAGAAUCCUUAGAAAAUUUUGGAGAUCUCGAAACGCCGUCAAAGCAAUCACCACCAGAUCUGCAAAGUCUCGAAAACAACGAGAUAUUCGGCUUGUUAAAAACUUGAUACUGCUCGUAUUCCUGUUUCUUGUGAUGUGGUUGCCUAUUUUCAUAGUCUUUGUAUUGAUUCAAGCUGAUGGGAUGGCAGAUGCCAUGAACAUUUCUUCGCAAGCACUUAUUGGAUCGCUGUGUCUUGCUCUCGGAAACGCUUGUGUUAAUCCGUUUCUGUAUGGAAUAAUGAACGACCGAGUCAAACGCAGAAUUCUUAGAAAUGUGUUUAUGAAGAAUCACAAAAUACAGUUGGCGACAUCUGAAAGUAAAACUGGAAAUAGUGUUAGCAAUAUGGGCUAUGAAGGGCCUAGUGUGACAUCCUCAUCUUGAACUGUUAAAAUGUAGAGAAAUUAAUAAUAGUAUGCUCGUGAAUGAAAUUGUUCGUCGGAGUAGUAGCAAUAUUAGAGUCAUUUUUACUCAAAUUAGAUCUUGCAAUCAUUUAAAAAAAAGAUCCAUCUAUAUGUGUGCGCAUGAGUGGUUGACAAAAUUGUUUAUAAUGUGAAUUACGAGAGACACUAUUUCAUAUGUUUCGCAAGAUAUUAUCAGUAAAAGAGUUAUGAAGUUUUUAAACAUUUACAUGAUACAUGUAUAUUAAUAUGGCGUAUUUUUAGUGAAGAACAAUAAUAAGAUCUUAUUUUU